UUAAAGGAGAAAAAAUAUAUAUCAUCAGUGACAAACAGAGAGAGAGAGAGAUAUUCAUGGAGGCAGCAAGAACGAUGAGCAGUUAUACUGAUGAUGAGAAGGAGACGAAGGACAGUGAAGUUAUGCUUCCAGGGUUUCGAUUUCACCCAACAGACGAAGAACUUGUUGGGUUUUAUCUGCGGCGAAAGGUUGAGAAGAAACCUAUCAGUAUUGAAAUCAUCAAACAGAUUGAUAUCUACAAAUAUGAUCCAUGGGAUCUUCCAAAAUUUAAUAGUGCGGGAGAUAAAGAGUGGUAUUUCUUUUGCAUGAGAGGGAGAAAGUAUAGAAACAGCAUAAGGCCAAACAGGGUGACAGGAUCAGGGUUUUGGAAGGCCACCGGCAUCGACAAGUCCAUCUAUUCUGUGAAAGAACCCAGCUGCAUUGGCCUCAAGAAAUCCCUUGUCUACUAUCGAGGUAGAGCCGGUAAGGGUACCAAAACCGAGUGGAUGAUGCAUGAGUUUCGCCAUCCGCCAAAUGAGAAACACUUCUCCAAUGCCAAGGACGAUGCCCAAGAAGCUGAAGUUUGGACCCUUUGUCGAAUUUUCAAACGAGCCCCAUCAAACAAGAAGUACACAGCAGCUGCUGCUUGGAAAUUGGAUCCCACAAUCAAACAAAAUGGAGCUGACUCCAAUUCCAACACAUGCAGCCUCGAAGAUGACUCUGGAAACAGUGCUGAGCAAUGCAUGAGUUUUUGUGACUCAGUCCUCCAACAAAACAACAGCAAACCAAAUAUUUUCGUGGACCAAGUUGAUGCAAGAAACUACUUCCUUUUGGGAGACAAUCCAUGGUCAUCCGCCAAUUCUAUAGCGAAACAAACUCCAUUUGCAGCAACUAAUUACCCAAGCUUUUGGAACCAUCCCAAUGGCGUCGACGUCGAUGGCUUUACUAAUGGAAAUUGGGAUGAGUUAAGACCUGUGGUUGAGCUAGCCCUUGAACCAUAUCCCGGCAAUGCCUUCGAUAGUACAUAG